AUGGAAAUUGAAGACCGAUGUGAAGUAUUAGAAAACUUCGGAACAGCAGUUAAUGUGGAACCCACCACUCCUGUCUGUAAUGGAGACAGUGGAAUGAUUGCAAUAUCUCCACUUUGUGACCACUUCAAAGAUCAGAAGAUGAGGAAUGAUACGCUUACUACUUGUUCCGAUGAAGAAAUCAUCGAGUCUUUGUAUCAAAACCUCUUUAGUAUUGUUCUCAGCCUUCAAAUAGAGGAGUCUGGUAAUGGUUCUGGUUCCGGUUCCCACACACCUCUCUCUGCGGAUUGCCCUGGAGCUCCCAUGAAGCUUACCAAGUUAUCCAGGACCAUGGAUCCUCGCUUCCAAAGAAAACUCUUCUAA